AAAAAUAUAACUUGUCCACCGAAUCCAACCCAUCUCAAUUACGUGACUAUGCUAGUGAACUCGGUGCUAUGCUUCCAAAUUGGAAAGCCCGCAAAAGCGUAAAAGAAGCUCUUCGCCAACACUCAUUCAAAGAAGACCAGAUCAAGGCUCUU